CCACUGGACCAAUGAAGUCCAUCUAAGGCUCCAAACCCUAAUAUCCUUAAAAACUUCUCUGGGCUGGGCCGGCUUUCUCGGGUUCAAUUAGUUAGCAGGGCGACGGGAAAGGGGGAGAGGGUUUUGGCAGCGAGCGCGAGAGAAGGGAAGGGGGAAGAUGGCGAGCGAAGAGGAGAGCACGGUGAAGGAGCCUCUUGAUCUCAUAAGGCUCAGCCUGGAUGAGCGCAUCUAUGUGAAGCUCCGCUCCGACCGAGAGCUCCGAGGAAAACUCCACGCUUAUGAUCAGCAUCUAAAUAUGAUACUUGGAGAUGUGGAAGAGAUAAUCACUACUGUAGAAAUUGAUGAUGAAACUUACGAAGAGAUUGUUCGGACUACUAGACGCACUGUUCCAUUUCUUUUCGUCAGAGGAGAUGGAGUAAUACUGGUUUCUCCUCCUCUGAGAACAGCAUGAGAGCCUGGUGACGCAUUUGGCCACUUAUCAGUGCUGAAAUGGAAUUGGAUAGCUUCUCAUCUCCUCCAAUGUACUGUCAUCUUCCUCCCAAAUGCAGCCCAAGCAAUCCUCCAGUUGUAGCUGACUUAAUGGCUUUUUAUUUGUGUUCAUGCUAUGCAAGAAUAUGUUACACACUCCGAAAGGUUGUAAUCUGAUUGCUAUUUGAACCAAGCUGUGUUGAAAUCAACCUAGAUUUCUUUAUUGAUUAGGUUUCUGGGUUCAUCAUAGACUGGCUAAUUUAAUUGUCUGGAUCCAACUUCUGUAAACAUGGGAACAUGUCAUAUCAGUGGUUGAACUUUCAACUUCCAAGUAUUUAAUGAGGUAAGUUCAUUUGUUGGAUGAUUUGGA